AUGAAAGAAAAUAACAUACUUACGUACAAUACCUACAUCAAUUAAACAAUUAACAUAGCAACAAUUUGAUUUCGAUCUUCAAAUAUUAUUCGAUAUAUCGAACAUUUAAAAAAAUUAACGAUUUUAUUAAUGUGCAGUAACAAAAAAAGAAACUAGAUCUAAUGUACUUGUACAAAAGUGUUCCAUAACAGGUGGGCGAUUGUGACAAUACAAGAUGAAAAUCAAGAAGAAAUAAUUACAAUUCCAGCGUUGUUCUCAGGUAAUUAAAAAUGAAAAAUCAUUUCGAUAACAGUGAUCUUUUAAUCGACACAUUGUUGAUUUAACAAAACAUAUAUACACAUACAUAUUACAUGAUUCUAAAGAAAGCAUAAAGAGAAAUGUGAUCUGGUGAUAUGGUUUUCAAUCGAAAGAUUUUAGAUGAUGAGAAUUUCGUAAAAUCAAAUAUUAUACAUUUCCACGUGGAAAUAUGUUUGAAUGAAUCAACGAUACAAAGUAAUAAAGAUGGCGGAUAUAAUGCACGGGUAGCUGACGUUUGCUUCGAUACGCGUGUUAACGAUUCCUCCGAACAGUGCAAUUGACAUAUUGUCGUGCUCUAUAUAUGUGUGCGUGUGCGUGUUGUGCAUAGUACGGUGUAAAUUUUGGCUGACAAAAUGUGUUAGAAAUCCAGUUAAUAUGAGCGAAGGAGCGGAUUCAGUACCAUCGAUCUGCGAGAAUUCGCUUACGACCUUGAAUGUUGAUCCUGAGGAAGUUGAUCCUGAGAAACUUCCUCCGAGAAUAAUAUCGUACAACACUAGGAGGCCACGGUUCGGCAUAAGCAAUGCUCCCCUCUCGCCCUAUAUAUUAAUCGAUGGAAAAAAAUUACGGAGUUCCUUGGCUUUCUCCAAAAAACGACCUCUGCGACGAGUGAGUUUUCCUGCAAAUGACAAUCUUUUGGUUACGGGAUGUCUGGAGCCUGCCAAUCCUUGGAAACUUGCUGAAAAUGUGAACCGUGAAGAUUUAAUCUCUGCAUACAAGGAAUCCUGUACAAAACAUAAAACAGACCCUCUGGAAAUUGUUGUAAGCCAACUUCAGACUUUAGAUACAUCCCAAAAGCAUUGUGAAGAACUUAUACUAAGAGGACAAACAUUGGAUCCUAAUGAUUGCGAAGCAUUGGAAGAAAUUCUUAAAAGAAUCCAAUUCGAUAAAGUUGAUUUAGAAGCAACAUGUUUGAAUGACGAGAGUUCUGUGAUAUUAUUUGAUAUGUUAGAGUAUUACGAAUCUGCGAAACAGUUAAAUAUUUCAUCUAAUCAAGACAUUGGAGUACACGGAUGGCAUGCAUGCGCGAGUAUGAUAAGAAAGACCCAAUGUUUAGAACAUCUUGAAGCUAAGGAUGUAAUACUUAAUGAACAGUACAUGAAUAUCUUGAGUCGUGCAUUACGAUUAAUCUGCCAUCUACAUGUGCUAAAAUUAGAAAAUUGUGGACUUUCAGGAAGAUCUGUCGUCACACUAGUUUCAGCGCUGAAAAUGAACACUGGAAUAAGAGAACUGUAUUUAGCUGACAAUGGACUUGAUUUGUACGAUGCGAUACAACUCGGUUCUCUUCUUAGGUUUAAUAAUCAUAUACAGCUGCUUGAUAUUAGCAAUAAUAACAUUCAAGACGACGGUGUACGUGAUAUCCUAGAAGGACUUAUUAAUCAAAUAAACGAAGAUAAGAGCGGUAAAGGCUUAAGCAUAUUAGUAUUAUGGAACAAUCAACUCACAAAAGAAUCGUCUCCCUAUUUUGCACGGAUUAUAACAUUGUCUAAAACAUUAGAAACAUUAAACAUUGGGAAAAAUGUGUUGACCGACGAAUUGAUAUUUACCAUAAAAGACGCAUUGAAGAAGAAUCGUAUUUUAUUACAAUUGGGAAUACAGUCAACCGAGCUAACUUGCGAUGGUGUCGUCGCGUUAUCGGAGAUUAUCGAAACAAAUCAGAUUUUGCAAAGGAUAGAUUUGCGAAAUAAUGAUAUACGAGUGACUGGAUUAACUGCCCUCAAUUCCAGUAUAAAAAAGAACAAAAGCAUCAUUCAAAUCGACUUGGACACCAAACCCAGAGCGAAAGUAGAUGACCGAGACCAGAGCUUGUAUACGCAGCUUUUAGCCGAGAUUCAAGUCUGUUGUUCGGAGAACGAGCAAAAUCGUAUUGUAGAAGGAAACAACGAAGGUUCUGAAAAUUCACGUCAUAGCAUCCUAUGUAGUACAAACUCUCGUAAAAUCUCGCUUACUUGUCAAACACUACCAUGUUCUUUAUCAACCGUAAUAUCGAUACGGAAUAACGAACCGGGGAAAACGAUGCUCGAACCGAAACGUAUCAACGGAGGUCGUCUACGUUCCCCAGCCCUUAGUCCAGACUCUUCACCUAUAGCGAGCCCAAUACCAAGUCCUUCGCGAAGCCGAUUUGUGGUGUCCCGAGUGCCAGAAACAUCAUUAUGUUCUACAGAAUCCUCAACAUCUUCGUCACCAGUCUCUCUCUCCCUUGAAUCAUCCACCUAUCUCGCAUCUUCUGCAAGUGGGUCAUCUAGAUUUCGUGUCUCUGUUGUUGAAUCAGCAAAUACCGUUUCACGUGAACCUAUCGUUGCCUCGUCGAAGGCCGACGUUACGUUCGAUUUCAAAUUUAAAGUCAGCAACGCGGAGUCAACCGAUUCGAAUGACUCCGUCGAUGCAUUCGGAUCUAACAGAUUAGAGGCGCGCGACAGUUUCCAUAGUUCGUCGGGCAACGUGUCUCGUUCGAUUUCAAACAAGAUAGAGGAGAGGUGUACGCCGUCGAGCGAACCAGUCGAAUCGAAGGAUGAACAACGAUUCACCGGUAGAAAUCCUAGCAGCGCUUUGAAAGAUCAAACGGGUGCUACCGAUCUACAGAACAAGAGAAUUAGUGUUCGAAAUCGAUCACUGGAAGAAAGCACUGCAUCGACGAAACACAGAGAAGUGACGGAUAGCUGUGGCCGUGGUCGUCGCGACGAUUCGACGGAGAUAAAGACACCCGGGGCUGCGAGUAGAGCCGAAGCGAAGGAUUCUGCUGUGACAGGGAACGGUAGACCGAUACCUGACAGCAGACAACAAGAUACGGCCAAGAGAGCAACCGUUUCCACCGAGAGAACGGAAGCGCAAGGGCAGACAAGGCAAAAGUCUUGCAUCCAAAAGCAUACUCCUAAUUUAGAUAAAUUGCUCGCGCUGUUUCAACAUCCUAGUUGUCUUUUCUCUACUAGCCAAUUGAAGUUUAAAAGUGCAUUUCAAGAGAACACGAACAGUUACCCGGAAACCGAGAAUAAAUUUCAUUGUUACUUAAACGAGAAUAAAGACAGGCCUCGAAAGACAGAGGGAGACGAGAAUCGCCAAAAGACGGAAGACUCUGUGGUAUCGCUGAAGGAUAAACUGACGAAAUCUUUCAAUAUCUCGCAAAUAUUGAGUUUGAAGAGUUUGACGAACAUGUUUCCAUCGUUCAACUUCGAGGGGAAUUUAAAUGUUUCUGAGCAGAGCGAUAAGUCUUUCCCGAAACCGAUUACCAAAGUAAAUGUUUUACUAAGAAAGAAAUCCGGAGACACCGACCAUAACGAUGACAAUAAACGAUACAAGGUUCGCAUAAAAGGGCAACAGAUUAACCUUUUCACUGUGAAUAGUCAAUUGGUACCCCAGAAGAUACAAUCAAAAAACUAUAUUGAUCUUAUUAAUAAAGAUUUUCUAUUGCCUGCAAGUUAUCUCUAUUCAAAUAUAGCAGUGGAUAACCGUUUAAAGAUUGCACAUAAUAGUCUAUUAACACGUACUUCAAGGAAUAAGAUGAUCGUACCUUUGUCUAAAUUUAUAGAUAGGUAUGAAUGUUCUGUUGUAGAAGCAACUAUUAGCGAUAUAAAAAUCGAAGAUAUAGAGGCAGUACUGAGUAAGGUAGAUUCCAUACUGCUGAAAGAAAUGUGUGAUAAAAGUUUAACGGACAGUAUUAAUUUUACUAGUGAUAGUAAUUCUUUGUCGUGUAAUAUAAUGUAUGAUACGAAAAAUGUAAAUGAUACGUACACUGUAAAUACGCCUGAGAAAGUGCACAAUUUAGUAAUAUUAAACUUAUACCAGAAACGUGAUGUCAAAAAGGAUUUUCUUUUUAACGUAGACAAUAAGCUGAACAAUUUGGCAUGUUUCACGUGUACAGAAGAGUGCGGUUCUAAUAUAAGUAAUAAAUCAUUUACAUAUCACAAUGCGUUGAAGGUAAAUAUAGGAACAAAUUGUUUAAGCAAUAAAGUUACCAAAAUGCAUAGUAUUGAUACCAAUUACCGUAAGGGGACUUGUACAAAUGUUCACGAUAUGCCAAGCGAGGAAAUCGAGGGAAUAGAUAUUUGCUGCGUAAAUAAUAGUAGGCACUGGCAAAGUAUCCCAGUAAGUGGAAAAUCAAAAGCGACAGUGUCCAAGAGGAAUUCUAUGUACGAUGAUAUUAAUCUUGAUUUUAGCGGUGUUAGUACAGAUUUCAGUACUUUGACCGAUUACGAAGAGAACGUUGUAAAUACAUCGAGAAUAGAGAAUCUAACGAAAUCGAACGCUACACCGGACAACAGAUACUUGAAGUUGAUUAAUAUAAACGAGGCGAAGAUUAGAGAGCUUUUUACGGAGAAUACCAUGGGCAGUGCAAUUCAAAGAACAGACAUUAUGCCUGCGUCCAGAACGUGUUCUUAUAUAGCUGACAUCAGUAAGUCCAUUCCCAAAGAUCUUAUAUUUUACAUAACCGACAUUUCUUCCCUUAACGAGGAUCCUGCGGAACUCUCGUCGGAACAAGUUAUUCCCCGCGAGUGGCCAGAAGAUCUUGUAAAAUUUAAGAACUUGCUUUACGAUUUACCUCAAAGUAAUUCAAGCAUGAAUCUCGUGAUCGAAGAAGAGGCAGACAACGUUUCUAACUCUAACGAACCUUCCAAAAUUGGGAGGGAAGGCGACAGUUUCUCUGCGAAUCGCGAUACGCAAGACAGCACGCAUUUUCAUAGCAAACGGAAAUUCCAAGAGAACGAUGAAUCUGGUGUUAAGUCUGAAUGUUCCUCAAUAUGUACAAAAGUCUACUCUGUAGCCGAUUCAAGAAAAGACGUGUGUCCGUUGAAGACGGAUAGUAGUAUAGGUGAAAAUGCUUUAGAAAAUACGUAUAUGUUCUCUAAAUUUGGAUCAAAUAUUGCUCAAUGUGUAAAACUUACGAGUCCAAACAUGAUUAACGACAUGACUCAUAAAUACCUUAAUACGAUUAAAUCUGCAGUUGCUACAACUAUGUGUUCAAAGGCAGCAGCGAACACAAGGAAUAAUGUCAGAGUUGAAAUGAUUUCUGAUGAAAGUACUAAGGUUGCCGACUCUUCAUCGGUAAUUCAUGCGACGAGCACAAAAUAAUGCAAGAUAUGAGGAAGAUGAAAACGAGGAAAUGGGAUACGCGAAUCAAGAAGCAGAAGAGAAUGUUAAUUUGCACGAUUUGGAAGAUGAAAUCGAUGAAAUCGAUGAACUUGAAGAAUUGACAAUGAAUCUUGAACCUCAAU